UUUGUUUGUUUGUUUUGUUGGUAGAAAGAAAAGUGUUUGUUGUAAAAUCUCACCGUUCAUUUUGUUUUCAAACUUUCACCUUGUCUGGUUCCCCAAUUUCUAUCCACCGAAAUCACAGCUACACCCAUCAUCUCUUCAACAAUUUCAUUUCUCUCUUUCUACUUUGCAUCUUUUCCUUCAACAUUGCUUCAUAUUUGCUUCCACUUAAUUCUUUUCUAUUAUUGCAUAUCAUCCAUCAUCUACAAGGAUGGGGAGAGUUAAACUGAAGAUAAAGAAAUUGGAAAGCACAAGCAACCGACAUGUGACUUAUUCAAAGCGGAAAAGUGGAAUUUUAAAGAAAGCAAAGGAAUUAUCAAUUCUAUGUGAUAUUGAUAUUCUACUUCUCAUGUUUUCUCCCACAGAAAAACCUACCUUAUUACAGGGAGAGCGCAGUAAUAUGGAGGAGAUCAUUUCAAAGUUUGCUCAACUUAGCCCACAAGAAAGGGCCAAAAGGAAAAUGGAAAGUCUUGAAGCACUGAAAAAGACCUUCAAGAAAUUGGAUCAUGAUGUAAAAAUACAAGAUUUCUUGGGUUCAAGCAGUCAAACAAUGGAGGAAUUAAGUCAUCAAGUGAGAGUUUUACAAGCUCAACUCGCAGAAACACAACAGAGACUGAGCUAUUGGAGUAAUCUGGAGAAGAUCAAUAACUUGGAACAUCUUAGACAAAUGGAAGACUCACUACGGGAAUCAGUCAAUCGACUAUGUAUACAAAAGGAAAAUUUAAGAAAGCGUCAACUAAUGUCACUUGAUUGUGCUAACCAGUUACCCGAAGGGAUGACUUUACCUUUGAUGAUGGCUGGUCUACAAGAAUCUCAACCCUUGUCUUGGCUUCUAAGUGGCGAUAAUCACCAGUUGAUGUUACCUAAUGAACCAAAAUUUAUGCCAUUUAGUGAUAAUGGCAAUAGAGAUGUUGAGUGCUCCACCGACAUUUCACUCCCGGGCUAUUCUGGUUAUAUUGGGAAUGGCAAACUUGAGGUUGGAAGCUCUCCCCAUGUCAAUACUUUGGGUCAGGGAGGUAGUUCUUUGAACGAGUUAAACGGAAAUCCAAAUCCUUACUUAAAUGUUCAACAGUGUGAUCAAUUUGCAUACCCUCCUCCACAAGAUCUCGAGGAAGUGAAACAUCACCAAACAAUGAAUAGUAAAUCAAAUACUAUGGAUUACCAAGUUAAUAACAACUAUGAACUUCCAAGAUCAUUAUUUGAAAAUGAACAUCAGCAGUUCUGGAAUUCUACUAAUGGCUCUUGUGGGAUUGCUAUGUAUAAUGAGAAUGGUUACCAUAGGUAAUUGAUUGGUCCAUGCCUAAACUCUUCAAUUGAAAAGGAUGAGUUGACUUAAAUCAUUUGACCAUUGCUUGCAAAUGAUGUCUGCAAGAACCAGAUUAUGUUGUUUCUUCACCUAUGAGAUCAAUGAUGCUCUUCAUAGAGGGUUGUCUAUGUUAGUUGUAUAUAUUGUAUGACUUAUAGGAUAUAGUUUGUCCAUAUACAAAUAAUUUGUUACUUUGACUGACCUAUUUACUGGUAGAUUAUUUUAGUUGGGUUAGUGAUCUAAGUUGUAAAUUUGAAUUUUUGUAGAAAAGGAAGUGUAAUCAUAUUAAUAUCUAGGUCUGAAAGGUGGAUAAAACUUUCUAAGACCUCUGUAUAUCCCAAACGUAGAAGUAUGACAUAUCUAUUUGAUAUUGUAAGACCUUUUUAAAAGUAAAACAAAAUCUUUAAAUAAGAUCAAGGGUUAGAUAUAAUAUUAGUAGGCUUAAG